AUGCUGAGUUUGUGGCUGAUGACGUCCGGGGAGAUGCCAAGCAUAUCGUUGUAUGACCAGGUGAAAACUUCCGACUUGGCCCUUAAAAAGGUAAUGAAGUCAGCUUGUAGAGACGGACUGAGGGAGGUGCCGAUCCGGACCUGCCGAUCCUACGCGUCGGAGAUGGAGAUCAUCUCGAGCUCUUCGGCAGGCUGA